UCGUUAAAAAGCGGCGGUCCCCGGGCUGCAGGGUUAGUUCAAGACCUUCAGGAGUGUGACAGAGUGGGACUUUAACACUGAGGGACAUAUAUCUAUUCAGGACUGUACCGGAUCAUCUCAUUACUAUUCUCAAUGAUGAAGUCUCCAAAGUUGAAACCUCAAGCGAAGUUCGUCAACGAGGAGGAUCUGACCGACGUGCUGGGCGAGUUCGACGCGGUGAUCGAGGACUUCACGUCGCCGGUGGAGAAGCGACACUUCAGGUACGACGAGCACCUGAAGACCGUGAAGAGGAGGAGCAGCGCCAGCGUCAGCGACAGCGGCAUCAGCGACUCAGAGAGUGCAGAGUCACUCAACAGAAACAGCUUUAGCUUCAGUGAUGAGAGGCUGAACUCCCCCACCGUGUUCUCCCCCACCAUCAGCUCGCCUCCUGUCAUGUCACCAAAACCCAAACUUGGUGACACUAAAGAACUGGAAGACUUCAUCGCCGACCUUGACAAGACAUUAGAGAGCAUGUGACAAGGAGGCUCAAAGUCAUCUUGGAGUGUAGCCAUGAGAGAGGAAUUGAGUGGAUGUCUGGAACCCCCCCCUUAAGAAGCGCCUGACCCCCACACCCAAAACCACCCAACAGGAUACGGCUGGAUGGAACUUCCAAGUGGCUCCACCACGGCAUCAGGUCUAGCCAGCAUUCUCCUAAAGUUAACCCAGCAGUGCUCUACUAACUCCAGGCCACCUGGCUACUGGGCUGUAAGGACUGCAAGAAGGGUCAAAAUUAGCCUUGUAGGGAAGCUGAGGACAAGAAUACUUCAGCAGCCAUGAGGUAAUGGACUCCAUGAAACGUUGCGAGGAAUGAAGAAAUGGAAUAUGCGCUGCAAAGAGUCACUGGAACAUUUAUCGUCACAAAUCACCCCCACACGCAGACCAGGUUACACUCCCUCAUCCAACACUUGAGCUGGAAGAGUAUUUAAAAAAAUUGCUUUUUAUAAUAGAAAUAUAUUUGUAAUUUUAUAGAGCUCCUUACUGUCUUUUUUGUGAAAUAUAUUUUUGUAUCUUAUGUAAAUAAUAAUUGUUUCAAAUUCUAUUUGCCUUGGUAUUAACAGAACAUUCAGAUUAAGUUUUGACUGGAAUAAAGUUGGUUACAUGCUUAAAUGUGAACUGGAAAAAAAAACUGGAAAGCAGUAUGUGUAUUUAAUACAGCUAAUGCCUGCCAGAGAUAAUAUUAAAGUAUGAAAUAUUGCUCUUUUACUAACUCA